AUGGGCUCUCCGGAACUGGAGCUGCACACAAGGACUGGCUUCCACGGCUGGAAGUUAGUCUCCUUGGUCCUGGUAGCACUGGUGUAUGGAUCCGCCCUACUGGUGUCUUCAGUAGACGCUCUGUUGAAGACCCAUAGAGACCUUAAGACAUUCCAGCAUUUGCCUGCAUUUGAUACAUCAAAUAUACGUGGCCAACAAGCCAUUACUCCUGUUCAGUUUUUGGGUGGAAAUGGCAAAAUUCCGCUCACUUUCAAUGCGGCCAGAAACGGGACGUUUUCGCCAGUGAGCCGUACAAUCCAGUGGAUCCAGUCUCCGGACAGUCUGACGAACGACUCGGGCACGUUUGUUGUUAGUGACACUUCCAGUUAUGUGGUGAAAUCGAUCUCGGACCCUUCAUAUUCUCAGACGAUUUUUGAGGGAUCUCAUGUCACCUACAAUAACGAGCAGUACAAGAUAGAGGACAUUAUUGCGAGUGACAAUUUGAAGUUUGCCCUGAUUGUUUCUGAUAAAAAGCACAAUUGGAGACACUCUUUUUUUGCCAACUACUGGAUUUACAACGUGGAGGAUCGCUCGGUUCAGCCGCUUUACGACCCAUCUCCAGAAUUGAAUUCCAAGAUUGCCCUAGCUUCGUGGGCUCCCAACUCGGACAAGGUUGCUUUCGUCCUGGAAAACAAUGUUUAUUUCAAGGACGUCUCCGAUUUUUACCAUCCCAAGCUGACCCAGGUCACUUUUGAUGGUGGUGCACAGAUAUUUUACGGAAAACCAGACUGGGUGUACGAGGAAGAGGUGUUUGAAAGUGAUUCUGCCAUGUGGUGGUCGCCCAAUGGCUCAUACCUGGCUAUCCUGAGAUCAAACGAUACGGAAGUGCCAGUUUUCCCGAUUCCGUAUUUUGUUCAAUCGGAGGACCAGGCCUACCCCGAUUUGAGAGAGAUCAAGUAUCCCAAGGCAGGUUUCCCCAACCCCAAAGUAGAUGUGAUUGUUUAUGACUUUGCUGAGGGCCAGGUGAGAAAACUGGAUGGCUCAGAUGCCUUUUACAACGACCCCGAGGUUUCCAAUGACGAUAGACUUAUCACGGAGAUCAUGUGGGUUGGCGAUGACAAGUUUCUUGCGCGUGUCACGAAUAGAGAGAGCGACCUGUUGAAAAUUUUCAUUGUGAAUGCAGAGAAAAUGGUGAGUAAACUCACACGUUCCGAGAAAAGCAAUGGAAGCUGGUUUGAAAUUACCCAUUCAACUCUGUAUGUCCCCGCGAACGAGGAACAUGGAAGACCAUACGACGGAUACAUCGACACGAUAGACGUUGACGGAUAUGACCAUUUGGCUUAUUAUUCUCCAGCUACAGCAACGAAGCCUACGAUUUUGACCUCGGGAGAGUGGGAAGUCGUUAGUGCUCCUUCAUCGUUUGACCACUUGACCAACACGGUCUUUUUCAUCGCGACCAAGAAGUCGUCUGUGGAACGCCAUUUGUAUUCUGUCGAUUUACACGGUGAAAAAUUUGAGAAUCUUACAGAUGUGUCUCGGGAAGGUUGGUACGACGUUUCGUUCUCGUCAGGUUCGAGAUUCGUUCUGCUGAAUUACGAGGGUCCCGAGAUCCCUCACCAAAAGCUGCUUGACCUCAAGACAGGUUCAGAACAGCUUUUGGAGUCUAACCAGAAACUGGCGAACACCUUGACAUUGUACGAUGUUCCUACUGUUAGAUACGGCACCGUGGAUCUCAGUUCCGAAGACGAGGAUCCCAUCCUGGCCAAUUAUGUCGAGACACUGCCACUGAAUUUUGACGAAACCAAGGAGUACCCAGUGCUGUUUUUCGUCUAUGGAGGCCCGGGAAGUCAAUUGGUUCAGAAACAGUUUGGAAUCUCAUUUUCGGCCUCAAUUGCAGCCGAGAUCGGUGCCGUGGUGGUCACUGUCGACGGAAGAGGAACGGGCUUCAAGGGAAGCAAGUAUAGAAGCGUUGUGCGCGACCAACUGGGCCAUUACGAGACCAUUGACCAGAUCGCAGCUGCCAAAAUCUGGAAGCAAAAGUCGUACAUCGAUCCCUCUCGUGUUGCCAUAUGGGGCUGGUCAUACGGUGGGUUCAUGACCUUGAAGACUCUGGAGAGGGAUGCUGGAGAAACCUUCAAGUACGGAAUGUCAGUUGCGCCAGUCACGGACUGGAGAUUCUACGAUUCCAUCUACACAGAAAGAUACAUGCACACUCCCCAACAGAACCCAAACUACUCUACUUCCUCUGUGGUUAACGUGAAAAAUAUCGCAAAAUCCAAGAGAUUCCUGCUGAUGCACGGAUCCGGAGACGAUAAUGUUCACUUCCAAAACUCGCUCAAGUUCCUUGAUCUACUGGACCAGGCCAGUAUAGAGAACUAUGAUGUUCAUGUGUUUCCGGACUCAGACCAUAGCAUCAGUUAUCACAACGCUCAUGUGAUUGUGUAUGACAAACUGUUCCUGUGGAUCAAGCAAGCGUUCGAGGGAGAUUAUGACGACGUGAUCACCUUUGGACCUUUUGAUGCCGAGAUCAACCUGUAUGGGUAG